CUCGUGCUUUUCAAUGAGUUUCUGUACAAGAAAUUAAGUGGUCUUGCGAGUGAAGUGUCCGGGAAGCAUCUGAUAAUCAUGCCUAUUUGAUAUUCUUUAGUUUUUGCAAUAAAGAAAAUGAAUGGAAUUAAGCAAUACUUCUCAUCUCUGCCCAAGACGGGAGAGAAUUCCUCGGCUGAGGAUAAGGAAGCGUCUCAGGCACGUCCGGAUGGCAAGGUUAUUGUCAGUAACAUGGAAUCUGUGAUGAAGUCUGUCCGGAAGAAGAGGUCCAAGAAGAAGCGCUUGUCUCCCGAUGGGGACAUUACAGACAUUUCCAACAUCCUCAGUUGCAGUCUCAAUCUCAUCUCACCCAAGAAGGCAUCUAAAAAAGAUGCGUGCAAUGGAAAGUUUCAGGAGGUUUCAGUGCCCGCAGAGAGUGAAGAUCAGGAGAAUUUGAUAGAUGUCUGCAAUGGGGAUCAGAAGAAGAACGUGUUUGAAGUGAUGAUGCAGGCCAGGGAGCGGAAUAGCAUCGGAUUGACUCCAAAUUCGACUCCUCAGGAGAGGAAAAGACGUCUUCCUGAGGAAUUCACCCAAGAAGACACUGGCAAGAAGUCAAAAAAGGCAAAGAAGACUCCUGACACGACUGAAGACAAUCCCAAGCAGGAGGAGAGUCGCAAGAAGUUAGCAAAGCCCAGCAGGAAGAAGAAGCUUUUUGAACUGGAAGUUGAAGCCGUAGACUUUCCCAGAAAAGACCCAGAAAGUCAAGACAAUGCUUCACUGCUAACAAAGCCUGAUGAAGCCAAGAGGACGCCCCGAAGAAGGGGAAGGCCACUUAAAGCAGAGAAAAUAGUGCUAGAAGAGACAGUUGUAGUGAUUCCUGAAGAGACCAAAGCCAAAGAAGCUUCAGAACAAGGAGAAAAUCGUCCUUUGCGGUCAAAGAAACUGCCCAAGAAGGUGGAAAUCGAUGAGAUUGUUAUAAGUGACACAGAUUCACCUCAGCGUCGUCCUCAGCGUAGCUGUCGUCAGAAAGUUCUGACUUACAGCAUCGAUUUGAUCCUGGAAGAGGAGUUGAAUAGCUCCAGAAGCCCAGAGAAGCCUAAAAGUGUUAGAAAAAGUGCUAAGGAGAAGAAUUCAGAAGUGAUCAUAAUCGAUUGUGACUAUUCUCCGAAGAAAUCCGUGAAGUUGGCGCCGAUUUUUGUGAAGCCACAGAAGAUAGAAAUCGAUCCAAAGGUGCUGAAGGCGAAACAAGAGUUCCUGAUGUCUGGCAUUCCUGAGGUUAUGAAGUUGUCCAUUGAGAAGCAGAAGGCUCUUGAGGAGGAGUUUGAAUUGAGGCAGUUUCCCGAAGUCUCUCAUGUCACUCAGAUCGAAGGCGAUGCUCUGAUGGAGAAGAUUUCGUGGAGAGAAGAUGAAAUCAGAGUGAGAAUCAGCGAUUAUUCUGAAGAGGAUGACAUAAUGCCAAUUAUUUGGACAGAUAAACGCAAAAUUGAUUUGAUUGACAAACCUUCUAACAUGGAAAGACCCAGAAAUGGUCUUCCAGGAACAGGUUUACUUACAAAUGCCCAGAAGUCAUCAAUCUUCAAGCAGCUUCUGAAGAAUUUUGAUAAAUUUCCAACGAAGAAAGCCUUCAGCUUCUUCAAAAAGCGAUCGGAAGUUGGCUGUGACGACGAUUUUUCUGAGAAUGUUUUGUUCACGGAAAGGUAUCGUCCAGAGAGAAGUGAGGAGUUUCUGAUAAGCAACUCUGCCGUGGAAGAGCUGAAGAGCUUCCUGGUGUCCUUUCAGAGCGACACGUCGCGCUUCAACAGUACAUUCGAGAGCGAUCUCGAGGACUCGUGCAGCAAUUACGGCAAUUCCUGCUGCAUCGUCCUCUCAGGUCCUUGCGGCAGUGGCAAGAGUGCCUCCGUGGCGGCCGUGGCGGCGCAGCUGAACUUCAACGUCCUGGAAAUCAAUGCUGGAAUGCGGAGGACUGGAAAGCGUCUGCUGCAGGACCUCCAGGAAGCCACACAAUCGCACAAAGUGGCAAGGUCAUCCGAGGACGAGACAUCGCAGAAGUUUUCUCUGAUCCUGGUCGAAGAUGCAGAGAUCACCUUCGAGCAGGACGAUGGAUUUGUCAGUGCCAUUCAUCAGAUCGUGGCGGAUUCCAAGCGACCCGUGAUCUUGACAACUUCUGAGCCCAAUUGCUCCCAUUUGGCGCGCUUCAUGGCCAUGAACACUAUCAAUUUCGCCCCGCCGGAGCCGGAAUUGAUCUCCAAGUGGUUCACACUUAUGGCUCUGGCGGAAGGCGUGCAUCUGCAGGAAGAUGACGUCAACACUCUGUACAAAUACAAUGGCCAAGACGUGAGGAAGACCAGCAAUGAUCUGGAGUUCCUUGUGCGAUCGGGCGGAGGAGAUUUUCUCAACGAAGGCAUUUCAUCAGCAGCACUCACGAUGGCGUCGUUUGACACGCUCUGGAGCAACGCGGAUCAGUGGCUGAAGACUGGCGCAGCACAAGGAGAGAAAAUUGAGGAUUUUUCAGAGUUCUACGACUUUAUCUGCUCAAGUGAAGUGUUGAACGACCGACUGGAGAAUGAAGAGCUUUCACAAUGUUUGUUAGCCAAAACUCUCCGAAUGAGAGAGAUAAGCGAUAAGCAUUACGAUCACUUCAGAAAACCCAGAGAAAUCACAAGAACAUGCUUGAGUUCAACAAUCUGUGAAAAAACAGCGCAAUUUCUGGAUUACGAGCCCAUUUUGAGGACGAUUUGCAGGAACGAGCGAGACAAAGCGUCCAAAGAGCGGAGAUCCUCGAGAUUCUCUCAUUACUUGCGUCAAGUUGUUAACAAUCCUUCGAAUGAAUUAUUUAUCGAACACUGUAAGAUUUUCUCCUGAAAGGUUUUGCUAAAAUAU